UUGAACUGUGGGUUCUUGGUCUGAGCCACACAUUUGCAACAUCGGUUGUUGAUGGGCUCAUCAGCGGAAUAACAACACGGAGAUCCCAGAAUACGUCACACUUCCAAUAUGUCUCAAUCGCUGCGUCCGUAUCUUCAAUGCGUCCGGUCCUCCCUUACCGCCGCACUUGCCAUUUCAAACUUCGCUUCUCAGACGUCCGAAAGGCAUAAUGUCCCAGAAAUCGAGGCUCAAAGCUCUCCGGAACUUCUUCUCAACCCGCUCACAGUCUCCCGCAAUGAAAACGAGAAGGUCCUCAUUGAACCUAGUGUGAAUAGUGUUCGUGUCAGCAUCAGGAUCAAGCAAGCAGACGAGAUUGAACACAUCUUAGUACACAAGUUCACUCGAUUCAUGACUCAGCGGGCCGAAUCAUUCUUCAUCUUGCGGCGGAAGCCAGUACAGGGAUACGAUAUCUCGUUCCUGAUCACCAAUUUCCAUACGGAACAGCUCCUUAAGCACAAGCUUGUAAGCUUCGUGUUAGAAUUUAUGGAGGAAGUUGAUAAGGAAAUCUCCGAAAUGAAACUUUUCUUGAAUGCCCGUGCGCGAUUCGUCGCUGAGUCUUUCUUGACACCGUUUGACUAAACCAUUGCUUGUAAUGUUCUUUCUAUGGUUGGUGAUAUGCUCAUGACCUUGAUCUUUUAUCCAGUAGCGAGUAUUGUACAGGCGAUCUAGACUGGUCGUAGGGGUAACUUUGCUUCGCUCUAUGCUUCGUUCCCUUUUCUAGAUUCGAAAGUUAUCAAAUAUAUAGUGAACAUGUUCACUGUUUAGAUGUACUCCUUUAGUCGUAACUUAGACUUCCUAGUAGUCCUCAAUAUAGAAGAGAGGCAUAUGAGUUAAAA